AUGCCAGCGGAUGGCUACUCGGUGCUGGUGACCUUUCCGACGGGAGACUUCGACGGUGACACACCGUUCACGCUGAACCCGUUCCAGAUGGUGUUCAAGCAGAAACUGAUCGUGGUGACGGUGGCGUACCGGUUGGGUAUCUUCGGUUUCUUCACCAGCACGGACGGCGAGGCGCCGGGCAACUUUGGCCUGAUGGACCAGUCGGCAGCCCUGCUGUGGAUCAAGCGCAACAUCCGGCUGUUCAACGGGAACGAGGGUUCGGUGACGAUCAUGGGGCACGGCACGGGCGCCGUGUGCGUGGGGCUCCACCUCACGUCCGGCGACUGGACGGACGACAUGUUCCACAAGGCGAUCCUAAUGUCCGGCAGCCUGCUGCUGGACUCGAGCGUCCGGCCCGCCAAGCAAUAUGCAUCGUCCUUGGACGAGCUGGCGACCGCCUUCGGGUGUUUCCGUCGGCCGACCACAAAGCUGAUGGAUUGCUUGCGGCGGGUCGACGCGCAGAUCCUGGCCGAGAACUCGCCCCCGAUCGACUGGGGCCCGGUGGUGGACCGGGGUCUCAGUAACACCACCACCCCCUUCAUCCCGGACCACCCGAGCAUGCUGGUGCACCAAGGGAAGUUGCGCAAGGUGCCGCUGCUGAUCGGCCACACGGACAUGGAGGAGGUCCUGGAGCUGACGAUGGGCGACAUGCUCGAGCACGGGUUGGGCGUGGAGAUGUUCGAGACGCUGCUGGGCGACGCCGUGGCGAACGAUCUCGCCGAGAUGGAGUUCAACGAGACGCUGUGUGGAGGCAACAUGGACAUCGUGAUGGAGGCCGUCCAAUACCAGUACAAACCGUACCCGCCGACCACCGACCCGCUCGUACUGCGCCGGAAGUACAUCGAGUUCGCCACCGAGCGCAAAUACGUUGCGCCCACGAUCGAGCUGGCGAUGCACAUGAGCCAGCAGGCGGACACGUUCGUGUACCGGUUCGACAUAAAGCCGCGGACGGCGGCCGCUGUGCGCGACAUCCCGGAGUGGGUCGGUGUGCCGCACAACUUCGAGCUGGUCUUCCUCUGGGGCCUUCCGUACUGGCUCGCGCUCGCCGACCAGAUGCAGUGGGACAGCGCGGACAAGCGCGUGGCCGACAUCGUGAUGACACUGUGGGCCAACUUUGUCAAGUUCACCAACCCGACGCAAGUCGGCGUCUACAUCCGGUGGGAGAAGUUCACCGUGACCGAGCCGGGCGUGCUGAUCAUCGAUCGGUCGUUCAACAUGAGCGACCACAUGACGAUGAGCUUCGGGGCGGUGAAGUUCUGGAACCACUACUACCCGAGUGUCAUCAACUUUGCCGCCCAGUGCUGCAACGCCACCUACAGCGGGGCCAGUGGGCGAGUUCUGCCCGGCGGCGCGGGUACGCUGCUACUGGUGGCCACGUUUGCCGCCACCAACCUGAUCCUACUACAAUCAUUUGUCUACAAUUGUUUUGUUGUGAACCGUCAAUGUACUUUGGGCAACUUUGGCCUGAUGGACCAGUCGGCAGCCCUGCUGUGGAUCAAGCGCAACAUCCGGCUGUUCAACGGGAACGAGGGUUCGGUGACGAUCAUGGGGCACGGCACGGGCGCCGUGUGCGUGGGGCUCCACCUCACGUCCGGCGACUGGACGGACGACAUGUUCCACAAGGCGAUCCUAAUGUCCGGCAGCCUGCUGCUGGACUCGAGCGUCCGGCCCGCCAAGCAAUAUGCAUCGUCCUUGGACGAGCUGGCGACCGCCUUCGGGUGUUUCCGUCGGCCGACCACAAAGCUGAUGGAUUGCUUGCGGCGGGUCGACGCGCAGAUCCUGGCCGAGAACUCGCCCCCGAUCGACUGGGGCCCGGUGGUGGACCGGGGUCUCAGUAACACCACCACCCCCUUCAUCCCGGACCACCCGAGCAUGCUGGUGCACCAAGGGAAGUUGCGCAAGGUGCCGCUGCUGAUCGGCCACACGGACAUGGAGGAGGUCCUGGAGCUGACGAUGGGCGACAUGCUCGAGCACGGGUUGGGCGUGGAGAUGUUCGAGACGCUGCUGGGCGACGCCGUGGCGAACGAUCUCGCCGAGAUGGAGUUCAACGAGACGCUGUGUGGAGGCAACAUGGACAUCGUGAUGGAGGCCGUCCAAUACCAGUACAAACCGUACCCGCCGACCACCGACCCGCUCGUACUGCGCCGGAAGUACAUCGAGUUCGCCACCGAGCGCAAAUACGUUGCGCCCACGAUCGAGCUGGCGAUGCACAUGAGCCAGCAGGCGGACACGUUCGUGUACCGGUUCGACAUAAAGCCGCGGACGGCGGCCGCUGUGCGCGACAUCCCGGAGUGGGUCGGUGUGCCGCACAACUUCGAGCUGGUCUUCCUCUGGGGCCUUCCGUACUGGCUCGCGCUCGCCGACCAGAUGCAGUGGGACAGCGCGGACAAGCGCGUGGCCGACAUCGUGAUGACACUGUGGGCCAACUUUGUCAAGUUCACCAACCCGACGCAAGUCGGCGUCUACAUCCGGUGGGAGAAGUUCACCGUGACCGAGCCGGGCGUGCUGAUCAUCGAUCGGUCGUUCAACAUGAGCGACCACAUGACGAUGAGCUUCGGGGCGGUGAAGUUCUGGAACCACUACUACCCGAGUGUCAUCAACUUUGCCGCCCAGUGCUGCAACGCCACCUACAGCGGGGCCAGUGGGCGAGUUCUGCCCGGCGGCGCGGGUACGCUGCUACUGGUGGCCACGUUUGCCGCCACCAACCUGAUCCUACUACAAUCAUUUGUCUACGUGCACCUCCCGCGGGGAUAUCUUCCAACGGCGACGUAG